AUUGGAAAGAUGAUUAUCCUCUUCAACUUUGAGUGUUUGUCCCAGAACAAAUUGUUCUAAUGAUCAUUUUAACCUGACUGGAAUCAUGUUGAAUAUACUGUAUGUCCAGCAGGUAAUGUCUACCUAUAUUUCUAGACGUAUCUGAAUAUUUUUCUCGAGGAGAAAUUGUUUUUUUUUUUUCUCUCCACUGGAUACUAUGGGAGUGCUUCAUGCUUCUAUAAAAGGCGUACUUUCUGAGCCAGAGCGAUGACGCACAAACUGCACGGGCUCUCAGCGAGGGUAUAAGAGAUGGCACUCAGCUCCGUUUCUGUGCACACAUGAAGGGAGAGACGAAACUACAAGACUGAUCGGACCCAUAGCUUCUCGGUGACAAACGCAAAAGUGAUGAACACAACAGAGAAGUUCUACCUUCCCGUUGAUGGCAUCCUCGAGGUAUUCAACUCUUUCACCAGGCAUCACCAGUCACGAAUUGCGCACCCUGCACUGCAGAGCACAGCUCUCGUCCCGCGAUCCCAGCGCCCCAAAGUCUCAAACAUAACGAAAACGGGCAUGGGUAUAAUCAAAACGGUCAAAGGGUGCUGGAGACGGCAGGAUAAGCGAGCGGUCACCCGCAGAUCCUCGAGCUCCGGGCAUCGGCAGUUGUCGACUGACCGACUCCCCAAAAAGCCGGUGGACCGGACAGGGUUGGUUGCGAUCAAGCCCAAGAACUGCCACAGGGUAGUGGUUCUCGGGGCGCCCAGAGUGGGUAAAACCAACAUCCUCCAGCGGUUCCUGGGGGAAGAAUUUGAGGAGCACUAUGAGCCUACUAUCGAGGACUUUUAUCGCAAGAUGUUCCACAUAGGAGGGGAAACAUACCAGGUCGACUUGCUGGAUGCGGCAUCUGAGCGGGACUUCCCAGCCAAACGCAGGUUGUCCAUACUGACAGGUGAUAUUUUUGUCAUUGUCUUCAGUUUGGACGAUAGAGACUCUUUGAAUGAAGCCCGUGACUUGCUCAACGAAAUUAAAGCCGCAAAGGCAAAACUGCACAAGUCCAACCACCCAGCAAGAUUACCAGCGGUAGUGUGCGCCAAUAAAGCGGACCUGGACGCACAGAGGGUCCUCAGCAACUCAGAGAUUGUGGACAUCCUCGGCGCGGACGCGUCAUUCUUCGAGACCUCCGCUAAAACAGGCGCCGGGAUGGAGGCUGUCUUCAUGGCUCUCGCCGCUCUCGGCGGGCUGCCCGACGAGACCAGCCCGUCGCGGCAUGAGCUCAUCCCCAUCGUGACCUACCAGUCGCUGUGCAUCGGCAAGCGGGGCAUGAGGAGGAGGCACUCGCGGGGACUCGGGGCACCCUGCGCCGCCGUGGAUCCCCUUGCGCGCCGGCCGAGCUUCACCAGCGACCUGCGGCUGGUGCUUGGAUCAAGCACCAAACACAAGAAACCCGAGAAGUGUCAGAUUCAAUGAAUUGUGAAACUUCUCGACAAAACAAAAUUGUAGUAGUAUGCUGCAAUGUCAUACAUGUAUGGAGUUAUACUCUGUAGCACCUGGCCGGACCGGUGCAUUAAUUUCGUAUUUUGUAC